AUGAAGCGAAGUAUCGAUGAAAGCUCCUCAACCCAUGAGCUCGACAAACAAGCUAAAUUGACCCACAGGUCUAACACCACGUUUCUUCCUCCCUCAGUAGCAUCCGUAUCCCGAUCUCGAUCCUCUGGUCCGGAGGAGCCGAGUGACUCCGCCUACCGCACUCGAACGCUUUUCCGUGCCGGGAUUCUUGUGGAUGUGGAUGUGCCUGAAGAAGUACAACAUCAAAUCAAUACCGUCCUUGGGACGCCCCCCGCGAAUGCGUCCACCCUUGAACAUUUAGCGUCAAAGCUCCAACGCGAGUCUAUGGAGCUGACGGCGGUACAAGCUGGGGCGUCUGAAUGGAUGAGUCUUCUGCACGAGAUCCUGAAAGACCUGAAAUCCACAAUGUUGAUGGUCGUGCGAAAUAGAGAAUGGCGACCCGACAUUAAACCUCGAGUCCAUCAGCCGCCAGUGUCCCGAUCUUCAGUUCCCCGAAAGCGGCUAUGCGAUCAAACCGGAGCUCAAGGGCCGGAGAAUCCCGGAAGCAAUGUAGCCUCAGAGCAUGCUUCUUUCGAUCAGUCGGCACCACCCACAGAUAGACUGGGUUCGAUUGGGCCAGGGACAGCAACCCUAUCGGUGCAAUCUGAGCCAAUGCUGGUUACUCCAUUCAAGUUGAAGGAUCCUCGUCCCGACAUAUCAGUGGGGAUCUCAGAUCAAAGGCUUGCAAUUGCAUUACAGUCCCGAAAGGUCAGAAAUGGCAAAUACCUGUUGGAUGACCUUCAGGAGAAGCGCGAGCUUAUCAGCGAUCCCGGGUUGAUCCCACUCAAUUUACGCUUUCCGUUCUUCCUUGUCGAAGCAAAAUCCGGUGCAACGGGCGGUAAUCUCUACCAAGCACAGAAUCAGGCAGCAGUAGGUGGUGCUUCGGCGAUAGAGGUUCUCAAGGCGUUUUACCAAAAGUCUGAAGGGCGAAGACUAUCAAAUACGGCCUCCCCAGCUGUCGCAGGAACUAUGUGCCAGCUGCUGACCUUCUCUGCAACCACCGAGGGGCCUAUCUGCGAGCUCUGGGCUCACUUUUGGGAUGAGGCCAACGACAGUCAUUACAUGGCCAACAUUGACACAUGGCGGACGACACGUCGUGAUAAAGCAUUCGAUUUCGUUUCCAAGAUCUCCACUAUAUUGAACUGGGGCUCGACGACAUUUCAUAACACAGUGGUUGAACAUCUGACUCUGUUUGGUUUUGAUGGGGCCAGCACCUCGGCUUGA